UGCUAGUGCGCAUGAAUAAACCGCUGUUUAGUACAUUACAUGAAAAAAGUUUGGUUAGGUAAACUAUUGCAAAGUUCAGUACUUUAGAAGUAAUAUUAAUUACUAAUAAUAUUUUUAUAUAUCAGUAUAAAAAUAAGUAUGUUAAAUAAUAUUGAAAACUGGAGUCCUUUAGGCGUACCUUUAGUUAUAAUAAAGGCUUUACUUGAACAAAAUUUUUGUUCGCCGACGAUGAUACAAACUUUAUCUAUACCUCCAGCAAUUUUUGACCAUCGGGAUAUUUUAGGUGCCGCAGAAACUGGUAGUGGUAAAACUUUAGCGUUCGGAAUACCAAUUAUAAAUGGUAUUUUAGAAUUAAAAAAACAAAAAGAAAGCCUUAAAGGUAAAUUAAAAAAAAUUAAUAUUAGUGAUAUAACAAGUUAUAAAAGUACUGACAAAGAUUAUAAUGAUGAUUUUAACUCAGAAGAAAAAUUAAAUUAUUUAAUGAAAAAUAGUGAUAAUUUGAUAAAAAAUAGUAAGGCUAAGUUUAAUUAUGAAAGCAUUUCAUUAAAACCACUGUAUGCUAUAAUCUUAACGCCUACCAGAGAAUUAGCUUACCAGAUAAAAAAUCACUUAUCAAAGGCAGCAAAAUUUACAGACAUAAAGAUUGCAGUUCUUGUUGGAGGACUAGCAGCUGUGAAACAAGAAAGAAUUUUAAGUAAAGGACCUGAAAUUAUUAUAGCAACACCUGGAAGAUUGUGGGAAUUAAUAUUUGACGGAAAUCCUCAUUUAAGUAAAAUACGUACAAUUAGAUAUCUUGUAAUUGAUGAAACUGAUAGAAUGAUGGAAAAAGGUCAUUUUUUGGAAUUGCAAAAAAUUAUAGAAAUAAUAAACUCAAAGAAAUCUGAGGUUAUACGUCAAAUAUUUGUAUUUUCUGCUACAUUAACAUUAGUACAUAAUGUUUCUUAUUAUCCACAAAGUAAGAUAAAUAAAAAUACUAAACAAAAAAUCCUUGAACUUUUACCUGCUCAAAAACUUCAAAAAGUGAUUGAAAUGUUGAAAAUGAAACAUCCUAAAAUCAUUGAUAUUACAAAAACUACAGGUACUGCUAAGAAUUUAACAGAAUGUAGAAUAGUUUGCAAUAUAGAUCAUAAAGAUUAUUAUCUUUAUUACUUUUUAAAAAGACAUCCAGGACGAACAUUAAUUUUUUGUAAUAGUAUUGGUUGUGUAAAAAGAUUAGCAACAUUAUUUGGAAUUUUAAAUUGUAGUCCUUUACCAUUGCAUGCUAGUAUGCCCCAACGACAAAGACUUAAAAAUCUGGAAAGGUUUCAAAAUGAUUAUUAUGGACUUUUAAUAGCAACGGAUGUAGCUGCCAGAGGAUUAGAUAUACCAUGUAUCGAUCAUGUUAUUCAUUAUCAAGUUCCCAGAACAUCUGAGAGUUAUAUUCAUAGGAGUGGAAGAACUGCCAGAGCUCAAAAGGAGGGUAUUACUAUUUUAAUAAUGGAACCUUCUGAAACACACUUUUAUACUAGACUUUGUAAAACACUUAAUCGUACUGAAGACUUGCCAAAUUUUCCUAUUAUUGAUUCUUUACUUGUUGAUAUAAAAGAAAUAGUAAAUAUUGCUAGAGAAAUAGAUAAAUUUGAAUUACAAUAUCGCAGAAAAAAUUAUCAAAAAGGAUGGUUGCACAAAAUAGCAAAUGAAAUGGAUGUUUUGAUAGACGAUGAACAAUUUGAGAAUACUAUUGGCAUUGAGGGAAUGACUAAUGUAAAACGUUUAUUAAAAGUUAAAAGAAAUCAUUUAUCUAAUCUGAUAAGAAAAUCAUUUUUUUCUAAUAGUUAUUCUAAAAACUGUAAUACGUUUCUUACAAUUAAUGAAAAUUCCCAGAAAGCUAUAGAUUUAAUGAAACAAGUUAUUAAUGAAAAUCCAAAAUCAAGUAAAAGAUUAUUGAGUAUUUGUAGCAGAAAGAAUAUUGUCAAGAAAAAGAAAAAAAUUGCAUGAUAUAAAUAAUUAAAAUAAAUAUUAAAAAAAAA